AUGGAAGAAAACGAUACCCGAGCUUGUUUCGUUGGUGUCUUUGAUGACGAGUCUGGUAUCUCUCGGUUCAUCGUCAUCGACGGAGUCAGAUUCAUUGGUGGUCUUGUCGACAUCGAGGACCGCUUGGCCGUCGAGAUCUACGACCCUAGGAUUGACACCUGGGAGCUUUGCCCUCCAUUGCCGGUGGAUUUCAGAUAUGGAACCUCUUCUCAGUGGGCUAUGGAUAUUCCAAUAGAUACACCGGAUAACGACAUAGGUCUAGAUGAUGAGAAUAAGCCUAAGAUUGGUAUGCAGUUUAAUUCUGAGAAUGAGGCAUUUGAAUUCUAUAAUAGUUAUGGAGGAGUAUUGGGUUUUAGUGUCAGGAGAGAGUAUGCAAAUAGGAGCAAAAAAGAUAGGUCAAUCAUUGCUUCAAGGAGAUUUGUAUGUAAUAAACAAGGGAAUCGGAAAGUAGACAAUCGUGCUCAUGUAAGAAUAAAUAUUCUUCGAGCUGAAACAAGAUCCGAUUGUCCUGCUCGCAUGGGAAUAAAGAUGUUGGAAAAUGGGAAGUAUCAAUGCCAUGAUCUCAUUGAAAAUCAUAAUCAUGAGCUUCAUAUAUCAUCUACUACUCACAUGAUGCGGUCACAACGGAAAGUUUCAGACAUACAUGCCAUUGAAAUUGACUUGGGAGAUGAUUCUGGAAUUAAAACUAAGGCUAUGUUUGAGUACAUGAGUAAACAGGCAGGUGGUAGACAGAACCUUGGUUAUACACCAGUGGAUCAUUACAAUUAUCUCCGAAGUAAACGUCAACGUGACCUACAUCCUGGUGAAGCAGGGAGUUUGUUACAGUACUUUGAAAAACAAAGCAGUCUGAAUCCCUCUUUUACCUACAGGCUACAGUUGGAUAUAGAUGAGAAGAUAACAAAUAUUUUUUGGGCUGAUGCGAGAAUGCUAAUAGAUUAUGCACUUUUUGGUGAUGUUAUGACUUUUGAUACAACAUUUUGUACAAACAAGGAGCAUAGGCCUUUUGGUAUGUUUUCUGGAUUUAACCAUCAUAGAGGAGUUGUUAUAUUUGGGGCAGCCCUUUUAUAUGAUGAGACGGCUGAAUCCUUUAAAUGGUUGUUUGAUGCUUUCUUGGAAAGUCAUGGGCAAAAGCAUCCGGUAACAUUAUUUACAGACCAAGAUGCUGCCAUGGCAAAGGCAAUUUUGGAGGUUUUUCCUGGAACAUGGCAUGGUUUGUGUACUUGGCAUUUAAUGCAAAAUGGGAUUAAGCAUCUAGGUCACUUAAUGAAGGACGGAUCAAGCUUUCUAUCAGAUCUUAAGAGAUGUAUAUAUCAUUAUGAUGAGGAAGUACAAUUUGAGACUGCAUGGGAACAAUUGAGGAGUCAAUAUCAGGUUGAAAAUGGAUCAUGGUUAGAUUGUAUUUAUGUACUUAAACACAAGUGGGCCAAAUGCUAUAUGAAGAAUACAUUUACAGGAGGUAUGCGGAGUACUCAGCUAAGUGAAAGUGUAAAUGCUGACUUGAAGGAUUAUACAAAGUUUACUUUAGACAUUAUACAGUUUUUUAAGCAUUUUGAAAGAGUAGUCAAUGAUAAGCGUGCUAAUGAAUUGAAGGCUGAAUUUGAUGCAAGAAAUAAGCUCCCAAGAAACUCUUUUCCCCAAACACCCAUUAUGAUACAUGCAUCAGAAGUCUACACUCCGUUAAUCUUUGGAUUAUUUCAUAAUAAGAAUGUACGGGUUGGUUCUUGCUACAUAAUACAGAAGGAUGAAAGUAAUAGCUUGCAUAAAUAUGCUAUUGGUAUUCUUGAUUCAGAUAUGACAUUUAAGGUUGAGUGUGAUCCAUCCAAGUCCAUUAUUGAAUGUAGCUGUAAGAAAUUUGAGACAUUUGGCAUCCUAUGUUGUCAUGCUUUGAAGAUAAUGGAUAGGUUGGAUAUGAAGUCUAUUCCUGAAGCAUAUAUUUUGAGUAGAUGGACACGUGCAGCAAGAAGCAUUGUAGUGGAAGAUAGCAAGGGAACACAAGUUGAAGAAGAUGUAAAUUUGAACUCUGCACAAAGAUAUAGAAUUCUUUGUCAUAAACUGGUAAAGAUUGCAUCACAAGCAUCCAAUUCAAAAGAGGGAUUUGCAUUGGUGAACAAUGUUGCUAGUGAUUUGUGUAAACAAUUACACAGUCUUGAAAAUCAUGACACAAGGACACAUCAAGAUGAGUCAACUGAAGAGCCUAAUCUGAACAUUGCAAAAGGGCUUAAAAAGAAAGAGAAGAAGAAGGGUUGUGGAUCAAGUAAACGAAAAAAAUCAUGUUUGGAAACAAAAGGCAAUAAGAAUAAGAAAAAGAAAAAUGAGCCAAACACAACUAGUACCUCUCUACCAGCCCUUACACCAUGCAAUGCAAGACAUUUGAAUCAAUUGGAUGGAACUCGAGAAAGUGAAAUCAACCACGCUUACAUGGAUCCCAUUAUGGGGUCACUUGAGCAGUCUAUGCAUACUAUAUGUUCUUCCUGCACCUCCGCACCUCGGCUCAUGAACAAAACAAUCAUCAAGGAGAAACACUCAGCACCCAUCAUGGGAAAUCAAUGGCCUUGUUGA